AUGGCUCCUAAGCUCAAAGGAAAGUCCUUGAGCCUCGCCAUCGGUCUCAUUGGCGCUGUCGGAUUCGUAUUACAGGGUUACGAUCAGGCAGUUACCAAUGGACUGUUGACACUGGGCUCUUUCAUCGCUGUCUUCCCUCAAAUCGAUACCGUGCAUACUAGCGGCAGUGAGAAAUCUCACAACUCUACAAUUCAAGGCACAACGGUCGCUAUCUAUGAAGUUGGAUGCGCAAUAGGUGCAGGUUCCUGCGCCUUUCUAGGCGACAGACUUGGUCGUCGCAAGACCAUAUUUCUUGCCGGUUGCAUAGCCUUAAUUGGUAUAGCUAUUCAAGCAAGUCCUUUCUCGCUCGGCCAGCUUAUCGCUGGCAGGGUCAUUACUGGUCUUGGUGUCGGUGGCUUCACCGCUACAAUCCCAAUGUACGUUUCCGAGUCAUCUGGAGCAGAGGCCCGUGGACGAAUGGUGCUGCUAGAGGGGUGGUUUGCAAUCGGCGGCAUUGUUCUGGCAACAUGGUUGGAAUUCGGACUCUACUAUGUCAGCGACAACUCCGUUAGCUGGCGUUUUCCCAUUGCAUUCCAAGGCCUCUUUGCUCUUAUUGUUGUGGGGUGUAUCAUGCUCCUACCCGAGUCUCCUCGCUGGCUAGCACGCGUCGGACGCCUCGAGGAGGCAGCUGAAGUCUUAGCCCGCAUGGAAGAUGUGUCUGUCGACUCUGAGCAUGUCCUACAGGAGCUGGAAAUUAUCCGACAGUCACUUGUAAUUGACGAGAACACCGAAUCGGCAGGUUCCUCUUCGCCGUUUGCUCUCACGAAGAACCGCCACCUGCACCGUACAGUUAUUGCUGUUGGUGUGAACAUUCUGGCGCAGAUGACCGGUGUCAACAUCAUCACUUUCUAUUCUGAUACUAUCUUCGAGUCCGACCUGGGCUACUCAGGUACACUCUCACGAAUCAUCACGGGAUGUCUGCAAAUCUGGCAGUUUUUGGCUGCAGGCCUGGCCGUCCUACUCAUUGAUCGCAUCGGACGUCGUCCACUGCUUAUUGCUGCCGCUGCCGGUAUGACCGUUUCCCAGGCCUGUCUUGCUGGGCUAUCAAGCGACCCUGAAAACAAGUCCGCAGCUGGCGCAUCACUCUUGUUCUACUUCGUAGCACUUUUCUGCUUCCCUAUUGGACUUUUCCUUGUCCCAUUCAUGUACGCUGCGGAGAUCGCACCGCUACGCACUCGUGCUAAGGUUACUGCUAUGGCAGCUGCAGCAAACUGGCUCUUCAACUUCGUGUUGGCGGAGGUGAGCCCUGUCGGGUUCGCUACUAUCCACUGGCGGUAUUACAUUGUCUACGCGUGCAUUAGCGCCUUUGCUUGUGUAUGUUUCUACUUCUUCUGCCCUGAGACUAAGGGCCGUACACUGGAGGAGAUCGAUGAUAUCUUUGUUCAGUCGAAGUCUGUCUUUGAUACUGUUCAAAUCGCACAGGAGAUGCCUUACCAGACGGAGAUUCUGGCGCACGUCAGUGAUACUGAGAAGGGUGGGCUGCAGGCUACGCAGGUUGAGAAUGCUUGA